UGUCAAUUUGAUUUAAAUUUCACAGCAAGAGAAAAGUUCUUCCCCUACCCAUCUGUUGUUCAUGGAUGAUGUUGUUCUAUUUCAGGGUGGUCCAAAUUUUGAUUGCAAGUGGGCUGCUACAGCACCUAUGGGUCACUUAUUGCCAUGCUGCACAGCAGGCGUGAGUGAGCCCAAAAUUUGACAACCCCCACCAAACUUCAUGCUGCCUAAGCAUGGUGCUAGGCUUUGGGAAGGACAAGGCGUGAGGCUCUGGCAGCAUUCUAGAGCCCCCUCACUUCCUUUUCAAAGCUGGAAAAGCACUAACUAGGCUUUGUGAUGGAGACAGGAGGACUCUGGGACCCUGUCAGAGCCAGCCUUCAUGCCUCCUUCCUAAAGCCCAGGGCCUUGCUUACCUGACUUUGGGAAGGAAUUUGAGCGCUGGGGGAGGGGGCAUCAAAUGUUGCCAAAGGCCACCAAAAAGGACCUUGAGGGCUACAUGUGACCCUAGGGCUGUGUGUUGGACCAUAGCGUUUUGCUAAGUUUGGUUACAUGUUUUGUUGAGAUAGCAACAUAACACACAAUAAGAUUACUCAGGAGUUUUUCCACAAAGAAAGCUUAGCCCUAAUUUUUAAUUGAUAUGAAAAUGUUCUAGAGGCAGGCAUGACAAUAAGUAUUUCUCAAAUAUAUUAACUUACUACAAAAAUAUUCUGUUUCCUUCAUCCAUAUCCUAUGUCCAAACUAGAGGAUGCAUCAGGUAAGAAACUUGUGACUGAACGUGACUGAAAAUGAAGGAUGAACGCACCAAAUAUUGACAAUGUUUUCAAUAGCAGAUAUCGACUGCACAUCGGUUAUUUGUACCAUGCAGUCUAAAUUAAUGCUUCUUUUCACAAGGGUGAUUGCUUCACUAUCUGUGUUGUAACGCACUUCCUGCUCAUCCAGACUGGCAAGCUCAAUGUGACUUUCAGGUCGGCUUGUUCAUUGGCCAUGAAAGCUCUCCCAAUUUAUUCAGUCUUUGUAUGAUUUGCUGCACUACAUUUGACAAAGGUAGAUAAGGCAGUGGAGAGUUAUAUAUUUCCUUUCAGGGUGGGUGCGUGGCUCACUUGAUUUCAGUCAAAACCUGGUGGCAUAUUCAGAAUUUAUUUGCUGUGAAGUAGAGCAAUUACUUCUAGAUGCUGGUUGAAAUCAGGAGAUCCCAGCUCAGAUCUGACUAGGAAUCUACUCACCGAGGGGUCUGGCCUAUCAUCCUUACCUCCAUUAGGAUGCCCAUUGAUGGAUAAAAGGGUGAGGUUGUCCGUGAUGGGAAGAUGGUGGUGUUUGAACAUGGAUAUUAUGGUUUAAUAAUAUUAUUUCAUGGCUGUGUUAAAGAAAAUGUACAUUGUUGUCAGUAACAUGUAAUUCUGUACCCAACCUUGAUGUUGAAGACAUAGGAAUUAACCUAUUUUCAGCCCAGGUCUAGAGCUUAUGUUGAUGAUUAACCCAUCUUUCCUAGUGGAACACAUACUGGAAAUAAAAGAACUAAGAUUAUUUGGAGAAGGUUGGAGUUGGAGUUGGGGUUUGGCUGGGGCUCUAAUAAGCAGCUGUGUUUUCACCUUGUCUUUCUUUAGUAGUUUCCUGGAUAUAUUUGACCAAAAGAAGAGCCUUAGAGGAAGAUGGAAGUGGCUGUAACAGGAGCUCUGUUCCUUCUUUGGGUUCUCUUCAUCUUCAUUUCCCAUUCCUUAAAAAUGUACAAGGAGAAAAGCCAGCUACCUCCAGGCCCCACUCCCUGGUUCUUCCUGGGGAACCUGCUGCAGAAAGAUGUCAUGCCUCUGAACAAAAACUAUUCAAAGCUGGUUGAGAAAUACGGCCCUAUGUUCACAAUCUGGAUGGGACCCAAACCUAUGGUCGUGCUUUGUGGAUUUGAUGUGGUAAAAGACGCUCUGGUGGAUCAUGCUGAAGCGUUUGGUGGGCGUAUUAACAGCCCCAUCAUUGAUCGAGUGACCAAAGGCCACGGGAUAGUUAACUCUAGUGACAUAGAAUGGAGAGAGCUGCGCAGAUUCACGGUUAUGACACUGAGAGACUUUGGAAUGGGGAAGAGAUCCAUGUCUGAGAGGGUGCAGGAGGAGGCUGUGUGUCUGGUGGAGGCAUUGGCAGCCACAAAAGGACAGGGCUUUGAUCCGACAACUAGAAUCACAUCCGCUGUUUCCAAUGUGAUCUCAUCAGUCAUCUUUGGGACUCGCUUUGACUACGCAGACAAGACCUUCCUAAAGCACCAACGCAUUAUAGAGAACCAAGUUGACUUCUUUCAAUCUUUCUUGGGACUGCUGUACUCUGCUGUCCCUAAAAUAUUGGACUACUUUCCUGGAAGACACCAAAAGAUUUUUUCUGAUUGUGAUGAGUUGUGUGCUUUCGUCCGUGAGAAUGUGAAAGUACACAUGCAGACGCUGGAUCCUCAGAACAUCCGUGACUAUAUUGAUUGUUUCCUUAUCAAGUCUGAGAAGGAACAAAAGUCUGCUAGUGACACCUUCAGGACCGAAAACCUUGUCAUGACAGUGUUUGGACUUUUUGUGGCUGGGACAGGAACCACAAGCUUUGCCUUGAUCUCUGGCCUCAUGGUGAUGGCUAAGCUGCCACAUAUUCAAGCAAAAGUCCAACAGGAAAUUGAUGAGGUGAUGAGUGCCACCCGUGCCCCUAGCAUGGAAGAUCGUGUGAGGAUGCCUUUCACCAAUGCAGUUAUCCAUGAGAUUCUGCGAUACCCACAAUCAAUUAAUGAGACCAUUCCCCGUACAAUGUCUUGUGAUACAAAAUUCAGGGGGUUCACCUUCCCUAAGGGCACUGCUGUUGCUCCAAUGUUCACAACUGUGCACCAUGACCCUCUCCAGUGGGAGACUCCCGAACAGUUCAAUCCUGGACAUUUCUUGGAUGUGAAAGGCCAGUUCAAGAAGAAAGAUGCCUUAAUAGCCUUUUCGGCAGGUAACUAUAUGAGCCUGUGGUAACUUCUGUGCAUACAAUACCAUUUCCAUUUUCUUUCAAGAGACAGUGUAAGGAAAGAGAUAUGGCUGCGCUG